AUGGACCAUAUCAACAUUACUGGCGGUUCCGGAGGCGUUGCGUUUGAUCUGAUUGCGAUGGAUUACAGAGGCGAGCGUCUGCGGAUCUGCCUCCUUCAUCCUGUACAAGCCACUCGGUUUAUGCAGUUUUAUAAAAUGGCCAAAGACUGGUGGCUCUUUGGGUUUUAUUUCAUGGUGCCGCUGGUGUGCACCGCUGUCUUUUACUCUCUGAUGACUCGGAGGAUCUUAAGCGGAAGCGUGAAGCAGUCGGUCCUGGACAAACACAUGAAGCAGAGACGUGAGGCGGCCCAGACUGUCUUCUGUCUGGUGCUGGUGUUCGCAGUCUGCUGGUUUCCUCUUCACCUCAGCCGGAUCCUCAAGUUAACCAUCUAUGAUGAACACGACCCCAACAGAUGCAGCUUACUGAGCACUUUUCUUGUUCUUGACUACAUCGGCCUCAACAUGGCGUCUGUGAACUCCUGCAUCAACCCCAUGGCUCUGUAUGUGGUCAGCAAAAGAUUCAGAAACUACUUCAGAGCGGCUCUCGGCGCUCCGUGGCUCUGUUCGUCCAGCCCUGUUCUCCUUCAGGAAGAGAAGAGAAGUUUCAUGAGGUCAAAGGUCACAGAGCCACCCUCUGACAACAGUACCUCCGGCAAACAAGAGUCGUCGUCUGCUGACAGCGAUAGAAACACCUUUCUAAUGAACUUUGCAUGCUUUAGAAGUUUAAAAUAGCUUCUGAUUAUUUUUUUGUCACUUUGUUUUUGUAAAUACAAGAUGAACGAAAAGCACUUUCCUCUGAUGCAUUAAAUAAGAUAGAAAAUAAAAUAGAAAAUAUCAUUAUU